UAAAUUUAAAUCCAUGAUUGAAAUCCCAUUCCAAAUCCUCCGAGGACGCCCCUUCAUAAUCUCGUCUCGCCUUCGCCCUAGCCCUCUUCCCAUCCCAGUCCCAGAAAUUCCAACGGCGCGGCGACAGAGGAGCCUGGAUCUGCGGCGGAGAUAGAUGACCGCCGCCUCCUGCUGAUCUGCGGCGGCGGACUGGGGUUCUAGGGUAAGAUGGAUUUCGCGGGGAUGAAGCGGAGGGAGCUCCAGGCGCUCUGCAAGCGCCACGGCCUCGCCGCCGGCGGCACCAACGCCGACCUCGUCGCCCGCCUCGCCGCCACGCUCCCGGGUUCCGGCGAGGCGGUCGGGGUGGUGGUGGGGAAGGGGUGUCUCAAGCGGCCGGCGGGCGGGGAUUCCGAUGCGGCCAAGAGAGUCUCCUUCGACGUCGAGGACGCGGAGACGGGUGCCAGCGGGGGAGCACGCCGGGGGUCCCAGGCGGCGAGUUCGCCUGCUGUCCCCAGGAAACGGGGGAGGCCCAAGGCCGGGGAGGCUCCUCCUCCUGCCGCCGCCAGAGGAAACGGAGGGGGCCGUCGGCUGACGCGUUCGCAACCCGGCGGAGAUUCUGCUGACGAGAGUGACUCUGGAGAGGCAGAUGGUCCGGCGAGGCGGUCCGAAACUCGGAAGAACCCUGCCAAGGCUGAGCAGGAAGAGGAUGCAGCUGGUAGGAAGCAUCAGCUGAAGCGGAAGACCAGGGAGAACGAUGUCGAGGAUGUAGAUGCCAGCCUGCAAGCCGGAGUUUCUCGUAGGAGCACCAGGUCUGGUAGCAUUCUGGUCGAGCCUGAUGCCUUGUUGUCCCCUGUUGAGAAGAAAAGAGGGAGGAGGAAGGCGGCAGAUGCCAAGGAGAAAACAUCCGUCGCAGAGCAGCCGACUGAAGCUCUACCUACAGUUAGAACUCUAAGGUCUGGAGCUGUGGUGGUCGCUCCAGUGCCACCUGUUGUUUCCGAGGGUAAGAAAGGCAAGAGGGAGGUGCAGGAGGAGGAACCUGCUGUGGAGAAGACGGCCGAGGUUGAAAUGUCUCCUCUUGUGAAGAAAAGAGGGAGGAGGAAGGCGGCAGAUGCCAAGGAAAAAACAUCCGUCGCAGAGCAGCCUACUGAAGCUCUACCUUCAGUUAGAACUCUAAGAUCUGGAGUGGUGGUGGUCGCUCCAGUGCCACCUAUUGUUUCCGAGAGUAAGAAAAGCAAGAGGGAGGUGCCGGAGGAGGAACCUGCUGCGGAGAAGGCGGCUCAGGUUGAAAUAUCUCGUAGGACUACACGAUCAGGCACAGUAGCAGCUCCCUUGACUUCGCCCAAGGUCAUUGCAAAGAAAAGGGGGAGAAAGGCUGACGAUCUGCACUCGGAUGCAGGGCUGGAUAAGAAAACGGAAAAUAAGAGGCAAUCCAGUAGACUCGGUAGUAGCAUUCACCAUCCUGCUUCUGCUGAAGAGGAAGCAACUCUUGAACAAGCUGCUGCUCCCAUCAAGGGGCUCCCACCGAGGAUAACUCGUGGAACCAUGCUCAGUGGCGCCAAGGAUGGCGUGGAAAAGCCAGACGAGCAUGUGGGGUUGAAAAAGAGUAAACUCCGGAAAGGCAGUGCAACGGUAGCUACAAGUGGCGGUGAAGUUCCAUUUUCUGAUGGCAGUGGUAAGGCUUCUGCUACAGACAUGCAAAUAGAGGAACCUGGGCCCGUGAGAAGAUUUACACGGAAAUCUGUUGUUCCAUCGUCUCUUGAGCCUGAAACUAAUGGCACACAUGAAGAUGUGGAGAAGAAACAAACUGUGACAAAACCUGCUGGGAGAUUAACCCGUAGAUCUGUUGCCCCGGUUAUACUUGAGAAAGAGAGCAAGGGUCUCACUAAAAAAAUCGUUCCUGAAGAUGUGGAGAAGAAACAAGCAGUGACGAAACCUGUUGCGAGAUCAACCCGUAGAUCUGUUGCUCCUGUUAUACUUGUGAAAGAGAGCAAGGGUCUCAGUAAAGAAAUUGUUCCUGAACUGCAUGCUAAGCGACCAACACGGAAAUCUGUUGUCCCAGCUAUGCUUGAGAAGCAACCAACAGUCAAGCAACCUGUUAGAAGGUUAACACGGAAAUCUGCUGUCCCAGCUUUGCCUGAGAAAGAUAGGAAGGUUGUACCUGAUAUGCUCAAUAAUGACAAAGAGGAUCGUACUGAAAUGCAAAGUGAUACAGCUGGACAUUUGGAGAAACAACUAGCAGUGAAGGAGCCUGUGAUGAAAUCAGCUAGUAAUUCUGUUGUCCCAGAUGUGACCGAGAAAGAGAAUGAGGGUUUAAACGAAGAAUUGAAGUCAGAAGUUUCUGCGAGGACACCAGCAUGUAAGUCUGCUGUUCCUAAUGCUGUUACUAAGAACAAUAAGGAUCACAAUGAAUUUGUCAGAACGGAAGAGCUGAGUGUUAAGACAAGGAGUGCACAUACAAUCCAAGUUGCUUUGCAGAAUGAUGAGAGUCUGCAGCGAACAACACGCAGAUCUUCGAAGUUAGUGAUAUCACCGCCACAAUCGAAGCCCACUGCUUCAAAGGGAAGACCUGCGAAGAGGAGACGGACAUCAUCUUUGCAAGAAGAUAUGCCUGCUGAAGAGCAGGAGGAAGACCAAAUUGCGUAUGGAGCCCACACGAAAGAUGUAAUUGAAGUAAAAACUACUACUGACUUGGAAAUUGGAGUGCUGCCAUCUGCAGCUGAAAAAUCAGAUUCGCGGGAUCCACAGCUUAACACUGAGCUGGAGAGCAUGAUAGCUGAGGAACCUGGAGCCCACAAAGAUGAUGUGAUUGAAGUAGCAGCUUCUACCAACUUGGGGAUUGGAGUGCUGCCGUUCACAGAUGAAAAAUCAGAUUUGCAGGAUCCACAGCUUAACUCUGAGCUGGAGGGCUUGGUAGUUGUGGAACCUGGAGCCCACACAGAUGAUGUGAUUGAAGUAGCAACUUUUACUGACUUGGAAAUUGAAGUGCUGCCAUUCGCAGCUGAGAAAUCAGAUUUGCGGGAGUCACAGCUCAACUCUGAGCUGGAGGGCAUUGCAGCUGUGGAACCUGUCCUUAGCCGUGAUGAAGAUGAUACUAAUGUUUUGGAAAGUGAGCUGGAGGGUACAGCAGGUACUUCUACUGACUUGGAAAUUGGGGUGCUGCCAUUUGCAGCUGAGAAAUCAGUUUUGCGGGAUUCACAGCUCAACUCUGAGCUGGUGGGCAUGGCAGCUGUGGAACCUGGCCUUAGCCGUGAUGAAGAUGAUACUGAUGUUUUGGAAAGUGAGCUGGAGGGUACAGCAGGUACCACUGAGAAGCCUCCAUCCAAUUUACCAAUUCCGGACAGUAAACAUGUAGGAGCUUUAUCAGAGGAGGCAGUGCACUCAAUUGAAAGUGAUGCUGGAAGGUGCUCUGCAAAUUUUGAACAAUCACCCACUGGGCUACAGUUCCUAUUCUCACAGGGAAUCGCAGAAAGAUCCGCUACACAUAAUGCAAUUCCAUGUCCUGAAAACAGUGUAGAAGAAUCAGAUGUCCACAAGGUUGAAUGUCAAGUUGAAACAGCUGUUUCUUCAAAAUCUGACUCAUAUAAUUGCUCUGAUGAAAAUUCAGUAAGAGUCGAAGAAAGCGGGGGUUGUACAUUUUCGUCUCAGCAAAAUAAUGAACAAGAAGGGUUUUCAGUAUCCAGUUGCCCAAAAGAUUUGGUUUCGUCUGCCCAGUUAGAUCCGCCCGAGGAUGCGGAUCAUGUAGUGAGGGAUGUUUUUACGAAGGACUUGAUUUGCAAGGAGGAAGAGAAAAAGCACUAUAUUCCUUCUUCAGAUAUUAAUGUUCCUCAUGAAAUAUCUCCUGCCAAUGAACCUGCCGAGAAUGCUUCUGGUGUUAGUGGAGAUGUAUUUUGCAUUUCACAGAGCACCCGUAUUUCUGAUGAAGCGAACUCUGAUUCUUCACGAUCAGAAUCAGCGGAUGCUUUGGAUAAUCGAAUAGCAUCUUCCAAUACUGAAGCAGUUCAACAAGAUAAUAAAGAGGAGUGGAAUCUACACAAUGGAGUCACUCAUGGCAUCCAUGGGAGUGGCAUGUCCGAAGCUGCACAGGUUGAGGCAUCAGGGAGUGGAAAAAUGCUGCUGCCAGAUGUAGAAACAUCAGCAUUUCAAGAUGCACAGAUCAACCACAAGCAGGAGGGCAAUGAAUCUGAAGAACACAGCUUUAGCUGCAGUAAAGACGAAUCUGGGAAGAACGAUAUGUCUCAGCUGGCCAAUGAAUAUGUUUUGGAUUCUAUCCAGGAGAAGGAGCUUGAGCUCUCACACGACCUAUCUGCUGUUAAAUCUCCGAAAGUAUCUACAACUUGUCAGGAUGAUGAGCUUGUAAUAGGAUCAGGGAUUGGUCAAACUAGUGGUUGCAUAGUACAAGGAAACAACAUUGCUAUGAAUGCCCCUGGUACUGUGGAGCAAGGGGAUGACUUGAACCCAUCUGCAACUGCCUUGCUCAGCAACAGGGAGAACACACCUGCCUCUAAAAUUGACGCUCCUGAGGUUAGCAGUGAUAACUUGUUCGUGGUGGAUUCGUCUGCACCAGCGGUGCAGAGUGUUAGUGGUAGACUGAGGGAGGCAGGACUUGCUGUGGACAAUCCUGAUAAUAAAAUAUGUAUGGAGCAGGUCAAGCAGCAAGUACUAGAAGGUACCCUAGAGAACACAGCACUAGGUUCAGCUACACCUGAGUCUAAUCAACAACGUGGAUUAUUUGAAGAAGCAGAACUACACUCAUUAACGGAGGAGAGAUGUUCAGCCUCUGUUACACCAGAGGGUAAACAUGACUGUGGAUUACCUGAUGAAGUAGAACCACACUCAUCGAAGAAUGAGAGAUGGUCAACAGGUGUUGAACAAUCACCUUUUAGUCUGCAGCAUCUUUUUUCGCAGGAAAGCAUAGAAGAACCCUAUGAAAAUGUUGCCGUUGCAGUUCAUGCUAAAAAUGAAGUUGAUAAGUCAAAAGACAUCCAUGUGGAAUACGGAGUUGGUAAAACACCUGUGCAAGAAGCUGUUUCAGACCAUGAUAGCAGUGUUGAUUUUGGUGCAGUUUCCAAAAGUGAAGAUUGCGCGCAUACUUCUGAAGGAUUAACGAUGUCUUGUCAUGAACAAGAACAGAUGACAUGUCAGCUAGACUCGUUGGAGGCUGCAAAUUGCAUGAAGGACAGAUUUACUAAUCCUGAGGAAGUAUCGUACGAUGAAGAAAAUAAGAAGCCUGUUCAUUCUACAUACAUUAUUUCUUCCUGUGAACCAAUACAUGCAAAUGAACUGGUUAAGCAUGCUUGUAGUCUUGGUGAUGGUCCAUUGAGCAGCUCACCAAUAGCUUCCACUGAUGGCACUGAUGUGCAUCCGCGUUCUAAUCCUAACCAGAUUGAAUCAACUGAUUUCCUGGAUGAGCCAAAAGGGUCUUACACUACUGACGCACUACAGCAGGGUCUCAAAGAGCAAUGCGACGAGCCUAAGGAAAACCAAGUUACUUUAUUGAGCACCUCACUUCUUGCUUCUACUGGUGACACUGAUGUGCAUCCGAGUUCUAAUCCUAACCAAUUCGAAUCAACUGAUUUCCUGGAUGAACCGAAAGGGCGUUCCAGUACUGAAGCACUACAGCAGGGUCUCAAAGAGCAAAGUGACGAACCGAAGGAAGAUGAUAGGAUAGGAGCUGAGACAGCCAAAGACUUGGAAAGUGAAGUUUCAUCUCUCCCAACUGAAGGAGCGUCAAAUAUGCUAGCGUUUUCGUUCAUGCAGGAAUCAAGUAGGGAUCUUGUGCUUCCAAGUGCUAAAAAUGAAGAUGAUUCCCACACUUGUCAUGUUGAACCGCAAGUUGAGAAAAUGGAUUCUUCCGAACCUGAUUCCAGUAAAGGAUCUGAUAUGCAUGGUGAUCUUGUGCUUCCAAGUGCUGAAAAUAAAGAUGAUGCCGUCACUUGUCAUGUUGACCCACAAGUUGAGAAAAUAGUUCCUUCAGAACAUGAUUCACAUCAAGGCUCUCAUGAACAUUCAACCCUAGAUGAAGGAAUUAGGGGUUGCAAGCUUUCGUCUCAGCUAGAACAUGAAAAAGAUGAGCAGCUAAUACUCCCUUUGCUGGCUGCAGAAACAUCAGCUUUGGCAGAUGAGCAGGCCAACUCCAAGCUGGAGGCAGGUGCAUUUGAGAAAUGCAACUUCAGUAGUGAAGACACAUCUCAGGUAGAACAUGAAAAAGAUGAGCAGACUCUAGCCCCUCUGCUGCCUGCAGAAACAUCGGAUUUGUCGGAUGUGCAGGCUAACCCAAAACUGGAGGCGGGUAAAUUUGAGAAAUGCAACUUCAGUAGUGAAGGCACAUCUCAGCUAGAACAUGAAAAAGAUGAGCAGACUCUAGCCCCUCUGCUAGCUGCAGAAACAUCGGUUUUGUCAGAUGUGCAGGCUAACCAUGAGCUGAAGGCGGGUGAAUUUGAGAAAAGCAACUUUAGUAGGGAAGACACAAGUGGCAAAAUUGGUAUUGAAUUCCAAUUGCACAAGGACUCUCAUAUGGAUCCUAUCCAGGAAAAGGAUCUCCCAAAUGACCUAUCUGCACCUAAAUCUUCUGAACAAUCCACAAUUAUUCAGAAUGCGAAAACCUUGGCUUUGUCGGAUGAGCAGCCUAACCCUGAGCUGGAGGGGACUGAAUUCAAGGAAUUGAAAAGUAAAGAAGACUCCCAUGUGGAUCCUAUGGAGGAAAAGGAUCACCCAAAUGACCUACAUGCACCUAAAUCUCCCGAACAAACCACAGUUGUUCAGGAUGCGAAAACAUUGGCUAUGCUGGAUGAACAGCCUGACCCCGAGCUGGAGGCAGGUGAAUUUGAGGAACACAACUUAACCAGUGGAGACGCAGGUGCCAUAUUUGGUACUGCAUAUGUUAAGGCCGAUCUAUUGCAGUUGCAUGAAGACUAUCAUCCUAUCCAGGGAAAGAAGCUCCCAGAUGAACUACCCGCACCUAAAUCUCCUGUACAAUCCACAGUUGGUCAGGAUGCAGGAACAUCGACUUGGUUGGAUGGACAGCCUAACCCUGAGCUGGAGGCAGGUCAAUUUGAGGAAUGUAACUUCAGCAGCGAAGAUACAAGUGGUCAGGAUGCAGGAACAUCGACUUGGUUUGAUAGACAGCCUAACCGUGAGCUGGAGGCAGGUGAAUUUGAGGAAUGUAACUUUACUAGCGAAGAUACAGGUGGCAUAUUUGUUACUGGCUAUGAUGGGAGCAGUCUAUUCGAGUUGCAUGAUCCUAUCCAGGGAAAGGAGCUCCCAAGUUACCCACCUGCACCGGAAUCUCAUAAACAGUCCAUUAUUGGUCAGGAUGAGAAGACUUUUGGAUCAGAUACAUCUCCAUUGCUAUAUGAGGAGUUGGACCUUGAGCUCGAGGGUGAGGAUUACAAAGAUGGUAAGAACGAAUACAAUGAGCGUAAUGAUGAUCAAGCCACUGCAGCCAUGCUUUCAACUGGCAUGACCAAACCCACACUGACCGAUGGAUUGGAAAGUGGUAUGGCACGGGUGUCAACUGCAGGAACGCCAGCAUUGACAGAUGAACAGCUUAACUCUAAGCUGGAGGAUGAUAAAGAACAAAACCUUUGCUUUGAUACUGACACUAGCAACUUCUCUGACGCUGGAUUAAUGGAGAACAGAAAUCUCUUUAGCUUGCCUGAAGACGUGCAUACUGAAGCUUGCUAUGAACGUGAGCUUCCAAUUGGUACACCCACAGCUAAAUCUGCUGGAGCAUCUGCAGUUUGUCCAUAUGGGAGUGUUCCUGGAUCAGUAGGAACCUGUCAAACUAGUAUUAGCACAAAGCUGCAGCGAUUCAAAAUUUCGAGCGCGGUCAAAGGAAGUUACAUCACGGAGCAAGGGGAGAACCUGAGGCCGAUUUCUCUGCAUGGGAACACGGAGAAUGUCCCUGCAGCAAACCCAGAUCACCCCGCAGAGCUGGACACAGACUGGUUGGAUGAGGACUCGUCAAGGCAAGGAGGCAACGAUGGAUUGUAGGUUGUUAAGUUAGUGUUCAGAGUUCAUUCUUCAACCUUUGGUUGAACGAAGAGACUAUGUCUGCCAGGAAACAAAGUCAGUUAUAUAUCUCACAGCGUGCUGCUGUGCUUAUAUAUUAACAAAGUGCCUCUGAGUUUGUCUUGUAGUUUAGUGUGUCGGUGAUAGUAGUAGACUCUGGUGCAGUUGUCAAAAAUAUUAACCUUAGGUUGGUCUUGUGAUCCUGGCAUCAUGAACCUGUUAAUAUACCUGCGUUUGUCAUCA